AUGCGCCUGUCAACAUCGCCAUGGACAAGACAUUCUUCGCAUGCUAUAUGGCCUAUUCGAGUCGUGCCAGGUCACCGUUUUAUCUGCACACGAACGUUCCCUCUUCGACAGCCGCCCAACCACAACCCCACUCCGAGGCUGCACCUACAGUUCCCCUCGGACGUGGAUAGGGUCUUCACAGCGUACAUCGGCGUAAAAGUGACCAAGAGCAAAUCUGAAGACUCCCAGACCAGCAUAUCCGCCCUCCCACAACCAUACGCCCACGUCCAGCAAUGGCUUGCGGACCCCCAACACGCCCCAUCCUCAACCGAACAGUUCCAGAUGUUAGAUGAUACAGUGAGCCACCUUCUCACGGGACAGAAUGUAUCUCCCUGUAAUACCCCUGCGAUAGCCCCUCAAUCAGGGCAGUACUCCUCAGUCUGGGCCUGCUACUGGACCGACGAAGCCCACUUCAGAAAGAGCCUCGCAACCCUCAACCUUCUACAGCUCUAUCGUGGCCUCAACCCAGCCAUGAAACCCAGAACUAGCCUGUGGUCCGAGAGUUUCGUGAGCGAUGUGUCGCGCCUGGAAACGGUGUACUCCGCGACAGACUACUUGCCCGGGCUUGCCCGGCUACCAGGCACGACGACGACAUCGCACUUGCACACGGGGUACUGGGGCGCAGCGCGAGACCGAAUACCUGGCUCCGGCCAGGAUCUCUUUGUGCAAAGCAGGGGUGCAGAAACGCCAAGUGCGGAGCUGCCACGCUCCUCUGGGACAAUGGGAAUGUCGGUGACGGGGACCAACCCGGCAAACAUGGUGCACAUCCGGUCCGGCCAGUUCUGGGGGUCUUGUGACGAGGAAGAGCGGACGGCAUAUCUACAGGCUGUGGAGCCAAAGCUACGGACUGGGCUGGCUUAUCUCUGGGAUGCGUCGGAGGAGAGUGGAGCGACUGGGGUGCGGUACCUUCAAAAUGUAGAGGCCGUCGGCAAGGUACAUUCAGCAGGAUCGACGGAAUUUCGAGAACUAGAGGAAUCUUGCGUGACGGGAUUCUUCAGAAACAUGGGCGACCUGGAAAACUGGGCGUCACGACACCCGUCGCACUUGGCGAUUUAUGCGGCGGCUGUUAAGCAUGGCAGGCGAUUUGGUGAUGCGCGCAAGUUUCGGACGUGGCAUGAGGUGUCCGUUUUGAAGGAUGGAGAAGCACGCUUUGAGUAUGUGAACUGUGCGUUGGAGAUGGGGGCUGCGAGGCAGAUGGUUGUGUUGAAUACGGAAGCAUUAUAG